AAUUAUUUGAUUUGACGUCUGUGGAAAGUUAAAAUAUUGACAAAAUGUUUGUAAUUUUUAUCAGGAAAAUUUAAAAAUAUUCAAGAUAACAAUUUCCGUUUAUUUUUAUCAUACUAAUACUGUUCAAAGUAUAAUUAUAUAUAAAUAGUAUAAUACGGUUAGCCGUAGUGGUGAUGACGGCCGCGUUUUUGUAAUCACAUAUCAAAUUGCUCAGUUACGAGUGAAUAGUGAUUAUAAUUACACAAUAAACAAUAAGGCAGUUUAAAUAAACAUGUUUAUUUAUAUGAAAGCACAAUACAAUUGCGCUGUAUAAACAAGAACUUAGUAACCUUUCAAUGGAAACACAAAUUAAUUUUUAAAAUUAUUUAAUGUAAAAAAUGACAAUGAAAGAAUGGAGUAAAUUAUUUCCCAAUAAAGAAGCAUUCAUAAUAUUUUCUCUAUAUAUUAUACUAUUUGUAUUUCAAGGUGUAUUUAUAACUGCUUCAAAAACUGAAAACGGAGUGUAUGACUACAACACAACACUUGUUGUGUUUCUCUCUGAAUUGCUGAAACUUGUUAUAUCUGGUGUAUUGUAUACAUACAAAAAGAAAAAUAAGCCAAACAUUUUCAGAGCUGUGAUUAUAAACUAUAACUUGGCUCUAUAUUACUUCAUCCCAUCUCUGCUGUAUUGUUUUUACAACAAUCUAGCGUUUAUAAACUUGUCACAUUAUGAUCCAACAUCAUACUACAUCCUCCUGCAGUUUAGAGUUGUAUUGACGGCGCUGAUUUUUCAGUUCCUGUUUAAAAAGAAACUCACCUUCAUUCAAUGGAUCUCACUCGGUGUCCUCACAUUGGGAUGUAUGAUAAAGAAUUUCGACGCUGCUACAAUGUCGGCAAAGGAAGAUACGGAUCUCUGGUCACAAAUAUUCAACAUAUACUUUUUGUCAAUCAACUUUCAAAAUUUUUGUUCUUGUCUAGCCGGCACUUACAAUGAAUAUCUGUUAAAAACGAAGGGAUCAAACGUGGAUAUAUUCCUUCAAAACGUCUACAUGUAUUUGGAUUCUGUUAUAUGCAAUUUUUUCAUUUUGAUGUACAAAGGUGAACUGGGAAACGUAUUUAGCGAUUUCCAGUCUCUAGGCGAUGUGUUUGUUAUACUCAUCACUGUGAAUAGUGCCAUAGUAGGUAUAGUGACUAGCUUUUUUCUAAAAAAUUUGAAUUCGAUCCUCAAAACGUAUGCCAGUGCUCUAGAGUUGAUAAUAACAGCUGUAGUGUGUUAUAUACUUUUCAAAAUACUUAUUACGUGGUACACUAUUCUGUCCAUUAGCUUAGUUAGCGUUGCUGUUGCUAUGUAUAUGAAAAAUCCUGUGAAUAAUGUUAAUCCCAAUGAAGAUGACAAAAAACCACUCAUGGAAGUAGUUGUAGACUGAAUUUUGAAUUUUUAGCGUUAAAAAAUUUGACUGAAACCCUGACUUCAAUUGAGCUAUACGAGAAAAUUUGUGUUAAGUGGCCAUUUGCUGCGCUCCUUCAAGGUUAAGUUACACAAAGAUAGUUUCAAUGACCUUAUCGCCUUCGCCUUGUAUAAACAAAUGAUGGGAGAAUCGUUUUUCAAAAGCAAUUGAUCGACCUUCUGAAUUAUCUUUGGUAACUGCGUGUGUGUACCAAUAUGUAAUUGUAUUGCACCAUUCAGUUGGAAAUAAAUGGAGGAGGGAAUGAAUAAACGAUAGUAAGCGAAUAUUGUAGCAUUUUCUUAUUACAAAAUUAGAUAUUUUGCUGAAGGGGUCAAAGGAUUUCCUAAAUUCAGCAAAAUUACCCAAGUCUAAUGAAAGAAAAAGUGUUAAACGCGUGUCCGGUUGAAACCUAAAGAUGUCAAAUGAUUGAAAUUUUCUUACGUGAUUGUAAUAGCGUCAACGUGUUGCUAUGGUUACUCCUGGCGCAUCGUACGCAUCGCAUCAAAUGUAAUUUAGGAUUCUUUGUAAAGAAAGUCGUACAAAUGCGUCCACUGAUCCGCAUCGUACGGAUCCGCAUCGUACGUCGCAUCUGCAUCAAACGGAUUUUAUUAAAAAUAAAAAUCUGUUGGAUGCGACGCGUCCGAUACGUACGAUGCGGAUCAGUGUACGACUACCAUUACUGUACAUCGCUAUCACCUGAAAAUGGGAAACCCGCAUUGAUGUAAAUUGAAGCGAAUAGGCUCAAAACUUAUAAACAGAAUUGAAAAAUUCUUUCACUGAUGGAAAGCUACAUAACAGCGAGUAACAUUGGCUAUAAAAUAUGUCCCCAUAUUCCCACGGGAAAUGGCGCCGCGGCGAGUUCGCUAGUAGUUCAUAACGAUCUCAAUAACUUUCUUUUUACGAGUACCUACUUAGUGAUAAGUCAGUAUUAUUAUAUUCAUUCGAAGGAAGUGAUAGUAACUUUAGACAUUAUAUCGUGAUACCUAAUAAUUAUUUAAAGGACAUUAUAUCUUUCAAAUAUACCUAUUAAGUGACAUUUAUUUUAAAUUUAAUUAACUAUCUACCAUUAUUAUGACAAUUACUAAUAACAAAACCAUGUAGAUUAAUUAGGUAGUAGGUAUUCGUGUCUUUAAUAAUUGACCCCAAUCACACUAAAAACUUGACUAAAUUAAAUUUUAAUUUAAAUCACACAAAUGUGUUUUAUGAUAAAUUAGUAAAAAUUAAAUCUCGUUAAUCUGUCCAUUCUGAAUUGGAAGACGUUUUGUAACUAGGAGGCUUAAAAUUAUUCUUUUCUACCUAUUCUGCCAAAGCCAUUAUAAUCCAGACUCAAUAGUAUUGUCUACAUUGUACUAUAGCUUGGCAAAUUCGCUCGUAACACUGUUGAUGGUCUGCGGGGGCCGGGACAGAUAAACCCACAACUGAUGCUCCCCAUCCAGCCUCUAACCCACGUGCACGACUUCACACCCGCGCAGUCCUUCCCUCCCCGUCGCCCGCAUAUCAUGAGAGUGUCAUCAACGAACUGGGUCGGGAGGUGGUGACAGAUAAACCCACAACUCAUGCUCCCCACUUCCAGCCUCUACCCCGCGCGCCCGACUUUACAACUGCGUCCUUCCCUCCCCGUUGCCCGCAUAUCAUGAGAGUGUCAUCAACUUGCCAACUUGCCAAGCUAUAACUUACCUAUGACAGGUGCUUAUUGUGACAAACUUUAAUUAAUCUUUAUAAAAUUGGUACAUCGUUUUUAGGUAGGAAAAACUGGCUAAUGUAAUGUGUUCUUUGUUGUUAAGUCAUUACAUAAUUAAUAUAUUAGGUAUAAAUUAUUUUUUUUAUUAGUAAAUAUAUAUUAUCUUGUAAUUUAUUGGUUUCAUAAAUUACCUAAUAAGUAAAAAAAUUACAAGUCCUUUUAAUAAACAUCUGACUUGACUGAAUAGUGUUUGUUCUGCUUUUUUUCAAUGUUUGUUACCUCGUAACUUCGUAAUUUCUUAACCAAUUUUGAAAAUUCUUUUUUUAUUAGAAAGUAGCACAUACGAUGUUAUUUUUUGCUUUUUAGUUUAUUUUUGUGAUUUUGUAGUCGGUCGGUUUCGCUAUAAGACCAUUGAGUGAACAUUUGAAUGACUCAACAUUCCACAUGGCGGUAAUCUCGUGAGCCACAUGGCGGUAAUCUCGUGAGCGAGGUACAAGUUUGGUAUUGUUAUAUUCCUGGAAACUUUGUCUAUAUGUACACACUUGCCCAUCAUGUCAUGACACGACACGUGGUGUCACGUAAAGCCGGAUUUAUAUUUGUCUGACGUGUCGUGUCGUGACGCAUCAGAACAGAAUCGGUAUUAUACAUUUUGUAUGCGACACAUCAGAAACCAUCACGACAUGUCACAACACAUAAGUGUAAACGUUGCCAUACAAAAUGUAUGACUCCGAUUCUGGUCUGAUACGUCACGACACGACACGUCAGACGAAUAUAAUUCCUCCUUUAACUUCCUUCCUAACUUCCGACCCACUGGUAGUCUUUACAAAUAGUCAAACUGGACUUGCUUGUAAUCUAAGCCUACUUGAAAUAAAUGAUUUUUAAUUUGAUUUGAACAGUUAAGUUUUAUGUAACUACUAAAAAUUUUAAAAAAUGUUAUUAUUUAUUUACUAUUUUAAUUAAGAGGUUCAUUUGUAUUUUUUAUUAUAGUAAACCAGUGUCUACUUGUAUGCUAACGUAAUAAUAUGUUAAAUUUUAUUUUUUGACCAUGUAUGUAGGUGCUAUAUCCUGUAGUUUUAUUUUUAACUGUAUAAACAUGAAUACCAAUAGACUAGGUAGGUAGAUUUGUUUUUAAUAAAAAAAUAAAGAAUG